ACAGGACAUCACCUCAUGGGCUUUUACACCUCUAUUCUGCAGCAUUUUUAGAGUUUAAAAAUGAUUCCAACUCUUUUCAUUAGAAGGAAACCCUCUGAAAUUGAGCUGAAAUGAAGUGACUUUUGCCUGAAUUUCUUGUUAUGACAGCUGACUGGUUUGUGUCUACUUGAGGACUGAUCAUGAGAAGUUUGCUGCUCCUCACGUUUUCUCUCUGGAUGUGUCCACUCAAGGUUGUUGCACGAAAUCCAAGUUGCAACUUCUUGCUGGAGGUGGAGAAAGAUGAGCUUGACUGUGUGAGGAGGCUGAAGGAGGACGAGGCUGCUGGCAAUGCUGAAGUGCCGGGAUGCAAAGGACACUGGGACAAAAUAACCUGCUGGGACCGAGCUGAAUUUGGAGAAACUGUCACUAUCCCUUGUCCUCGAGCCCUCAAGAUUCUAUUCGGCAGAAAUGGUAACAUCAGCAGGAACUGCACAGUUGCCGGCUGGUCGGAUGUUUUCCCAAACAUAACCAGCGUCUGUGGGAUUGACACAAGCCAGGAGAAGCUGGGCUUCUACGUUGUUGUUCAGACAUUGUACACACUGGGCCACAGUUUGUCUCUGAUCGCCCUGACCACAGGGAGCGCCAUCCUCUGUCUGUUCCGGAGGCUCCACUGCACCAGGAACUACAUCCAUCUCAACCUCUUCAUCUCCUUCAUCUUGAGAGCUGUGGCCGUGCUGGUCAAAGAUGCCAUCCUCUUCAAUCGAAGCUCGCAGUGCUCCAACCAGCCAUCUCUGGUGGGAUGCAAAGCCAGCUUGGUGUUUUUCCAUUACUUCAUCAUGGCCAACUUCUUCUGGCUACUGGUGGAAGGCCUUUACCUUCACACUCUGCUGGUCAUCAUCUUCUCUGACAACCAGCACUUCAUCAUUUACAUGUUUAUCGGCUGGGGAAUCCCUACUGUGUUUGUCUCUGUAUGGAUAAUGACAAGAACUUACCUGGAAGACACGGGGUGCUGGGAAAGGAAUGAAAACCCCAUUCCCAACUGGGUGAUAAAUGGCCCAAUAGUGUUCUCUAUUUUGGUUAACUUCAUCCAGUUCAUCAACAUCAUUCGGAUAUUGAUCCAAAAGCUCAGAUGUCCUGACAUAGGCGGCAAUGACCAAUCACAGUACAGACGGCUGGCUAAAUCCACCCUCCUCCUCAUUCCUCUGUUUGGGAUUCACUACGUGGUGUUUGUGUCUCCCAACCAGUCCAUCACAGAAGAUUAUAAGAUAUUUUUUGACCUAGCUCUCGGCUCCUUCCAGGGUCUGGUGGUGGCCAUCUUAUACUGUUUCCUGAACAGUGAGGUUCAGGGGGAGCUAAGGCGGAAAUGGAGAAGCAUGUGUCUAAACUGCCACCUAAGCAGAGCUAAUCACUUCAACAACAACUUCUCCACCAACUUGGGUUCAGAGCAGAUGAUGCAGUUCCAGCGCACCACCAGAGCACAGUCAAUCCUGCAGUCUGAGACAACAGUGCUGUGAGAACACGAGAGCUACGACUGAUGCAAAAACAAACAGAUAAUAGAAAGAAUGCAGUCUGCAGGUUGACCUGGGUCAAUUUGGUUUUCCAAAUUAAAAUAUACGUGGCCUGAAAAGAAACAUGACAUGGGAGCGAACUGCAUUUUUUAUUAGAAAAUGUUGAUUUUAGCUUCAGAAAUAACUGCAGCUGUUUUCUAAGUGCUUUGAGCUGCGAGAGCUCAUGGUCUAGACUGCUUUUCCUGAAGUCAGGGACAAAGGUGAGGUUUAAAAUAACACCUACUGAAUGUUUUAAACAGGGUGUUUUUUUCACAUGAAAUAUAUUUUAGUUGUAUUGGUUACUGGUACACAGAGGUAGCUUUUUGGUUUGUCUGUUUACAGUUCAAAAGUGGCAUUAUUAUUAUAGAAAGAAGAAUAUUUCGGAAACAGAUUCUGAUCAUAUAAAUACGCAGAUUUUAUUCUAUAUGAAUAUUUCUUGGUGUGCACCCUGUGGUUUCUUUCAGCUGUGCAUGUCGAAUGUUAAAUUCAGAAUCCUUCUCAAAAAGCACAAGUAAAAACAAAGCAGCUGUUUUUGCUAAAAACAGGAUAGAAGCAAUAAUGACUGAAGAGUGGAUCUUUUUAGUUAUUUAGUUAAUUUAUAAACUGGUUUGCAUUUAUUGCUUUGCUAACUUGAUGCAUGUUACAUGUCACCAUUUUCCAGUAUUUUACCCAAAUUACCUAUCUGUUGCUUUUAC